AUGAAACAUACAAUGGAUGAUGGUGUUCUUCAAACAAAUCUUUUACACGCAUUUCAAAAAAAUAAAAUAAUGCAAGGAAAAUUAAAUGAACGUCAACGUUCAUAUUAUGUAGAUUUAAUUAAAGAUAUGCAAGAUUAUAAGUUAAAAGAAAAAUUAAAUAAAGAAUUAUUAUAUACAUGGAAAAAAGAAAGUUAUGUUCGACAAUUAAAAAAAAACUUACAAGAAUAUGAACGAAAACGUUUUGGUGUAAGAGAUGCUUAUUAUGAAUAUCAAGCAAGAAAUUUAGAUUCUAUUAUAGCUGGUCAACAAGGUCUUGUUAUACCACCGAAAGAAGAAGAACGUCGUUUAAAUAUUAAUACAAAAUUCCGUCAAUUUCUGGCAGAUUAUCCACUUCAAACAAAAUCAUCAACGCGUGUUGUUCAAUCAGCUAAUCCUGUUACGAUUCCAAUAAAAGAAGAACAAAAGCAAGAAGAUGAAGAUGCUCGUGCUGUAGAAGAAACAUGGAAACAAAUUCAUGCACAAUCAGCUGUAGGUUUACGAAGAAAACGACCAAAACUAUUGCCAACUAUUCAACGUUCAUCAACAAUGGAUGAAAUUAGACGAAAUAAUACUCUAAAUAAAAUUCUUAUUCCACCGACUGUAGCUAUUGUAUCUAGUCUACUUGUUACUACAACUCCAGAGUUAGUUAAUCUACCAUCAGAAGACAAAGAUAAAACCGCAUUAGUACCAUCAAAAUCAACACCCAUUGUCUCGUCAAUGGUUGAAGGUAUUGAACCAGUACUAAUUUCGUCUGAAACAUUACAAAAACAGACUCGAGCUGAUCUUGUUACAAUGCGUAGUGUACGACGACCACAAAAAAAUCCAAUAGAUUUAAAUAUGACUUUUGAAUCACGAAAGCGUAUUUAUCAAAUAAAUAAACGUAUGUGUGGUUAUCAAUUAUGUCAUCGUAAAUGUGCUUUACAAUAUAAUUCGCGAUUUGAUCGACCACAACAAAUAGAUGCAGCUGAUGAUGACGAAAAUUUACUUAUUGAAAUGAAUGAAAUUACUCGACGAAGAUAUGAAGAUAGACAUCAAUCGGAUAAAGCUUUUGUUUAA